GUCCGGCCGGCGGCGGCAUGGCAGGCUCCGGCCCGAAGCGGCGCGUGUCCGCGGCCCCCGCGGCGGCCGAGGAGGAGGAGCGGCAGGCGCGGGAGCGCAUGCUGGCGACGCGGCGCGCGGACGGCGGGGAGGGCGCGGAGGGCGUGACCCUGCAGCGGAGCAUCACGCUUUUCAACGGUGUGGCCAUAAUCGUGGGCACAAUCAUUGGCUCGGGCAUCUUCGUGACGCCCACCGGCGUGCUCAAGGAGGCGGGCUCGCCCGGACUGGCGCUGGUGGUGUGGGCCGUGUGCGGGGUCUUCUCCAUCGUGGGCGCGCUCUGCUACGCGGAGCUGGGGACCACCAUCACCAAGUCGGGGGGCGACUACGCCUACAUGCUCGAGGUGUACGGCUCGCUGCCCGCCUUCCUCAAGCUCUGGAUCGAGCUGCUCAUCAUCCGGCCCUCCUCCCAGUACAUCGUGGCGCUCGUCUUCGCCACCUACCUGCUCAAGCCGCUCUUCCCCAGCUGCCCGGUGCCCGAGGAGGCCGCCAAGCUCGUGGCCUGCCUCUGCGUGCUGCUGCUCACGGCCGUGAACUGCUACAGCGUGAAGGCCGCCACCCGGGUCCAGGACGCCUUCGCCGCCGCCAAGCUCCUGGCGCUGGCCUUGAUCAUUCUGCUCGGCUUCAUCCAGAUCGGGAAGGGUGACGUGUCCAAUCUGGAUCCUACGUUCUCGUUCGAGGGCACCAAGCUGGACGUGGGGAACAUUGUGCUGGCAUUGUACAGCGGCCUCUUUGCCUAUGGGGGAUGGAACUACUUGAAUUUUGUCACAGAGGAGAUGAUCAAUCCCUACAGAAACCUGCCCCUGGCCAUCAUCAUCUCCCUCCCCAUCGUCACCCUGGUGUACGUGCUGACGAACCUGGCCUACUUCACCACGCUGUCCACGGAGCAGAUGCUGACGUCGGAGGCUGUGGCCGUGGACUUCGGGACCUAUCACCUGGGCGUCAUGUCCUGGAUCAUCCCCGUCUUCGUGGGCCUGUCCUGCUUCGGCUCCGUCAAUGGGUCCCUGUUCACGUCCUCUCGGCUGUUCUUCGUGGGGGCCAGGGAGGGCCAUCUGCCCUCCAUCCUGUCCAUGAUCCACCCCCAGCUCCUGACACCCAUGCCGUCUCUCAUCUUUACGUGCGUCAUGACCCUGCUGUACGCCUUCUCCAGAGACAUCUUCUCCGUCAUCAACUUCUUCAGCUUCUUCAACUGGCUCUGCGUGGCCCUGGCCAUCGCCGGGAUGCUGUGGCUCCGCUACAAGAAGCCCGAACUGGAGCGGCCCAUCAAGGUGAACUUGGCCCUCCCCGUGUUCUUCAUCCUGGCCUGCGUCUUCCUGAUCGCCGUCUCCUUCUGGAAGACCCCUGUGGAGUGUGGCAUUGGCUUCACCAUCAUCCUCAGCGGCCUGCCCGUCUACUUCUUCGGGGUCUGGUGGAAAAACAAGCCCAAGUGGCUCCUCCAAGGCAUCUUUUCCACGACGGUCCUCUGCCAGAAGCUCAUGCAGGUGGUGCCCCAGGAGACGUAAGCGAGAAGGACCAAGAAGCUGCCAGAAAGAAAACACACAAAGAUGGUGUUGAAACAUCUCAUCACCUUGAAAAGCGACUCCAGUCCUGUCACCCAGGCAGCUCAGCUGAGCGCCCCGCACCGUUCCUCCAGCGGGUCAGGAGGCUGGGCCCCAGUGAAAACUGGUACGACUUUAGCCCCAGAAAGCGAACUUCUGUCUUCACCUCUGUGAGUGCAGCACCAAGAAGAGGCUGGGCCCCUGACCCUCCGCAGGCUGUUUGCCACCUUGGGCCCUGCUCCUUUCAGCCUUGGUUUAUUUGUAUUAUUUUUUUAACUUAAAUUUUGGGUCAAGUUGACGCCACCAAGAUGAUGAUUUUCUAAAGCAAUGAGGGGGAGUGGGGAGAGUUUUCCCCCCCGCCCCCCGCAGCACGAUGUGCCUCCAAGGGACCAGGUCGGGUUGCGGAGCGCAGUGCCCAGCCUGGCCCGACAUAGGCCCCCUGGAAGGGAGGGGUUCUGAGCACCAGACACUCCAGUCCCACGAGCAGAGCCACCAAGACUCAGGCCUCGCUGUGUGGACCUCCGAGUUGCACUGACAGACGGCCGCCCAGACCACGCGCUUGGCUUGCUUUUGUUGUUGUUGUAGAUGUAGUGAUUUUAGCAAAAACUAAUCUCGGGACUCAGGUCUCUCUGCCUUAAAGACCCAAGGGUAGAUCCCUCCCAGACCCCCCAGAAGAGAGCAGAGAAGGUCACCAGAACAGCUGCUUUCAGAGAGUGACGCCGGCCCUGACUCAGCGGAAGGCGGGUUCCUGCACCUGGUGUCUGCUGCCUGAUGGGGGGGCACGAGCAGAGGUCACGGGCACCCAGACCACCCCGAGCUCCCACCCGCGUGCACCCCCCGGGACGCGCUGGGCUUCUGGCUUCGUACAUCCCACCCCGGACGCCCGCGUGAGUGGAGCCACAACGGCAGGACGACUCGGAUGUGGGCUGUGGGUCGCGCGGCCUCCGGGCUGUCCCACGUCCAGUACUGGGACUGACGGAGGGUUGUUCCUGGCGAAGACUCACACUCGAAACGUAGAACAAACCGGGCAAGAACGGCAGACACCGUGACGGGGAGUCCUCAAGGACUUCCAGCCAGGUGGUCUCCCGAGACAACCCCUCCCUGGGCCUGAAGAACUGACCCCAGCAAGCCGCCUGGAGCUGGCUCCGUUUCCUGGUGGGGGAGCCCCCCCCGCCCACGCCAGGCGGACUCCGCUGCUGGGAUGCCGGGCUCUCGCUGCACCUGCUCCCAGGGCUGUCGUGACCCCUCGGGCUUUUCUCUUUGCGCUGCCCAUGCUGCUUUCCUCGGGGCUGGCCGCUGAGGCCAGUGCGGCGGGCGAGCUGGGCCCUCGGGCAUCGGGCUGCAGCUGGAGGAGCUUCUUCAGCCCCCAGGGCCACGUGAGCUUGGCGUGGCCAGCCUGCCGCCAGGACCCAAAACAACCUGAAAGCAGCUCAGGAGGCCGGGAAGGCGGCCCGUCGUCCAUCCUGCCUGCUCUGUGCCUGGGCACGGUGCUGACUCUGGGAGGGAUGCGGGGAGCCAAGGGGCCCGGGCAGCCUGCCCGUGGCGGCCUGCUCCCCCAGCCUGCGGGGAUGGAUGGGGGCCGGGGUCUCCUCUCACGCAGGCAGGGCAGAGGCCUGCUGGCAGCCCAGGCUGCCGUUCCUGGACCCACGCCCCUCCCCCCCAGCCCAGGGGCCCCCUCUGACGGCGCCCCAGACACCAGGCACACUUCCAUGGUGGCGUUCUGGGCAAGGCAGAGACUCCGCUUUUUCUGACCACUCUCUACUGACAGGUGUCCCGAGCACGCGUAUCUGUUGGGCUUCGUUUAUUUUAUUUUAUUUUUUAAAGCAAACCGUGUUGUAACCAGCAAGCGUUUGCUCGUGGGCCUGCUGUUUUAUCUUGUCCUAACAUGUCACUAACUUAAAGGAUGCUGUGGGCACCAUGUCUAUUUAUUUGCGGGGUUGGCGGCCACCCUUGCUGGUGCAUGGUAUUCCCGCUGUCCUGGCGUCCCCGUGUGUCCCGGCCACGGCAGCCCAGCCGGGACGCCUGCUGCAGAAUGGUGUGUGGGUGGCCUAACGUCUCUUUCUCUUUUCUCGUCAAUGGCUAACCUGUUGACUUGGCUGGUUCAGGGUGGGGAGUCUGGGCUUUUUGUGUGGGGUUUUUCGUUGGUUUUUGAAGAAAAACAAU